CAUGUGCAACCGGUAGCUAGCUAGGUCAAAUGGGCGUGUCUCUUUAUCGAAAGAAUAAUAACAAUAUUGGACAGUGGUACAACAAUGUAGUUAGCCAUUAGGAAUAGCCAGUUACAGACCAGAUUUAAACAUAACUCACGUUACCUUGCUACAGCAUUUGCACAAGACAUUGUGCGUAGCGUGUGUCCCUGCUCCGGUGACACAUCUGGCCAACAUGUCCAUGUUCAGCACGGGCAUCCUGGUGCUCACCUCUCCCCUCCACACCCUCCCUCUGCGCAUUGCCCCUGUACUCAGCUCAGCUGCCCAGGUGGUGGAGCGCACCCUCUACGUCCAUCUCCAUCCAGGCCUGAACCUGGGUGCAGGUGGGGGCCAGCCCAGGCCUGUCUUCAUCCAGCCCGUGGUGGAUCUGUCCAGCCUUAUCACCGGGCUCUACAGCAAUGCUGCCAAUGUGUGCGGCCACCUGGACGUACGAGUGCUCCUCACCAACGUCCGCGCCCAGCCCAACAACGCCUCCAGCCCAGAGACAGGUGGGACAGGGGUAGCAUGUAACCCCUUCCCUUCCCCACAGCCCCUCUCCCACUCCCCCGAGGUGGUGCUAACAGACUACGCCCUGCAGGACCCGGGCCAGUCCCCGCUGGUGGCCCAGUGUCUGCAGAGGUACACGGGCCACUGUUACGUCUGCACGCCCGGCUUGGCCUCGGUGCUACUCCACCCGCAGCUGCAGAAGCUGGAGGAAGAGGUAGAGGAGGGCCAAAACGACGACUGGGAUAGUAGGUCGGAGCGCAUGGAGACUUACAGUGAGGUGGUGGUAGGGGGAACGUUCGACCGCCUCCACGGGGCGCACAAGACGCUGCUGAACAUCUCUUGCCUCUUGGCGAACAAGCGGUUCCUUAUUGGGGUGUGUGACCAAGAACUUCUAAAAAAGAAGGUGCUAAAGGAGCUAAUUGAGCCAUAUGCUCUGCGGGUGCAGCGGCUCCAAGAGUUCCUGCAGGACGUCAAGCCCUCGCUGCAGUACGAGAUCGUGCCCCUUUCGGACCCCUUUGGACCCUCCGUUAUUGAUGCCCAGCUGCAAUGCAUUGUGGUCAGCGAGGAGACCCGCAGGGGAGGCGAGGCUGUGAACAAGAAGCGCCUCGAAAAUGGUCUUCCAGGACUGGUGCUGCACGAGAUCCAGCUGCUGAAGGAUGCCCACCACACUGAAAUGGAGGAGGAGAAGAUCAGCUCCUCCAGCCUCCGCUCACGCCUCCUGGGGACCCUCCUCACAGACCCAAAACAGAACAAGUCCCAUCUCCCCCUGGUGCCCUACGUGAUUGGCCUGACCGGGGGCAGUGGCAGCGGGAAGAGCUCCAUUGCCCAGCAGUUGGAGGCCCUGGGUGCGGUCCGCAUCGACAGCGACCAGCUGGGCCACGAGACCUACCGGCCGGGGGAGGUUGCCUACAACAGGGUGCUGGAGGAGUUUGGAUCAGAUCUUAUUAAUGAGGACAAAACUAUCAACAGACGCGCACUAGGCAGGAAAGUUUUUGGAAACAAGGAGAGGUUGAAAGCCCUCACCGACAUUGUGUGGCCGGAGAUAGCUCUACUCGUCAAGGAAAGGAUCCGACAGGCCCGAGAGGAAGGUAAACAGGUGUGUGUGGUGGACGCGGCUGUGCUGCUGGAGGCCGGCUGGACGGACAUCGUGCACGAGGUCUGGGUCGCCGUCAUUCCUGAGGAAGAGGCGGUGUCUCGGAUCACGGUGAGGGACGGUGUCAGCCAAGAGGAUGCUGUGCGCCGGCUGCAGAGCCAGUGGCCCAACACGCAGCAGGUGGAGCAGGCCAACGUGGUGCUCUGCACUCUGUGGGAGCCCGAGAUCACCCAGAAACAGGUACGGAAGGCCUGGGAUCUUCUUCAGAAGCGGAUCCAACAGAGUCGGGAAGGAGCCAAGCCACCGUCCUGAGUCAGACCUCCGCGCGCACACACAUACACACCACAACAACAACAGUGAACUGCACACAUACCGACUGUAAGCCCUGCAAGGGACGAGGGUGGCUCCAAAACUGCCAGGGUGCAAUCAUGUUAGGGACGUGUCUGCCUUAAAAAGAGCACCACAGCGGUUGCUUUGGUGUGCCUGCAAAAGACACUGGAGCCAUACUUGUGAACAUUAGAAACAGUUUAAAUUUAAACAGUUUCUCCGUCUCAAUGAGCAUCAGCCAAUUAAAAUGAAUAGAACGCUACAUUGUAGCUGGUUCCAUCAGAUAACCUGGCACACGUUAGCCCUAUGCUAACCUCACCAGAUGACAGUGAUUAUUUCCUGGAACAAAAUCCCUCAUCAGCCUAUCAAAGAUCUUUUAGACUUUAUUUCCACCAACCAAUAGACAUGUUGGUUGUUUAGCAACAAAACCGACAAGUAGGCAAUUAUGGGGCAAAACUUAGAUUGUUGACAACAUGUAAACUAAUUUUGUCUCCAAUAUUUAUUGAAGACAUUAAUACAUUUGCACAACUUUGAUCCAUAUUAGCAUAGACGUUACAUCAGUCAACACCUCAAAACAAGACAUUGUAUCAAGAACAAGAUAAAAACUAGAUGAAAUGAGCCACCUACAAUUCCCCACAUGGCAGCUUCUUGUCAUUGUUGCUAGAUAUCUGGCCAUCCAGAAUCACAACAUCACCGACUUCUGCCCCAUUGAAGUGUGUUCGUUGUUUUCGUGACGUUGGAAGAUAACCCGUAUUUGGCAUUUCUUAAAAUAGGUCAACCCAGGUCACUAAAGGGAUAUUUUAAACCUACAAAUUUAAGGUUUACUUUUGUUCCCGUUGGUCUGUAACAAUUUUGUGUGCCAAUAUUUCAGUGAUGCAUCCUUGACUAGGCUACUAGUACUAACGUUAGACAAAAUGUUCACGUUUUCAAAUAUGACAAAAUCCCAAAUUUGGUCUGUCCAUUUCACACACAUUCAUGUGCUUUCACAACAGUAAAGAUGUAGGAGGAUUAUACAACAUGUACGUCAUAUAUCGUUUUUUUUAAAGUAAAGUAAAGACGCUAUGAAUAUUUGGUGGUGUGAUCCUCUAAGGCUGUAAGCCCAGAGACUGCAAGGUAUGAAGGCCAUGAGUUCGAAUCCCCCUCAGGGCAAGGUUUUUAUUCAAGGAAAAAACGCUCCACUGUUGGGCCGCGAGUCAAAUAAUGCAUAUGUGACAAAGUACAUUUAUAAAAUAUAACCAAUAGGUUAGCUUUUCAAACUGCGUGCCCGGGGACUGGGAGUGUAGGCUACCUGUGAUUUCGUUAUCUGAUAACUUUUUUAAAAUUUUGUGUGUGUAGAUUCACUGGAUAUAUUCACUGCAGUAUUAAGCCUAGCAUUGAGCUAAUGAAUUAUGGCCUAAUAUGCAUACACUUUUCUAACUUUAGGCUACACAUUUCAAGCCGGUCUGUGUUCGUGGUUUUGUUGCGCAAUUAUGCACCUGGCAUCUUCGCUGCCUCGGCUAUUCGUCUUAAAUCGUGUGGAUUUCCAGGUAAAGCCAAAUUACAAUUGCUUGUUGGACACUUGUUUUGACUUUAUAUUAUUUAAUAAUAGCCUAUUGGAGGAGAGAUGCUCUCUUGCUUACUGAAUAAAAAAAAUAUAUAUAUAUAAAGAAAUCUCACUACUUUAAGUCGCUCUGCAUAAGAGCGUCUGCUAAAAUGUAAAUGUAAAAUAGGCUACAGCUUUAAGAACUGGCGGGGAGUUGGAAAGGCGAGAGAGACAUUUGUGUCAGAAGCCCAUAUUAUCUUAGCACCGAUACAUCCUGACAAAAUACAACUUAUGAGUGGCUUGCUAAUGUACUCCUUUUCUGGACCUCCUAAACUGUCUAGAAUAUACCCAUAACUGUUCCAAAUGGUUGCAUAAUCAGGCCUAGGUCGUAUGCAGUUAUUUCGGCUAAAACAAAACAGGACAUUUGAGCGGUUAUUAACAUUUGAUCUAUAGACCACCGGUUACUCACUUGAUAACAAUAAUACAUUCCUUAUUGCUUUGUGUUGUAGAAUCGUUAGGGGAGCUUUGAGCAACGAGGCAAGCAAUGACAUGCUGUAAAAGAUAUGCAGGCUAAACUGUGUUUGCUGUUGAAUUGGUACAUUUUUAAAUAUACGUUUUUAUAUUUUUCAAUGUAUGUACAAUGAAGUAUUAUUUGCGGUUGUCGCUAUGACAACAAACACACUCUGAAAGCACUGAAUUGUCUUAUGACCUUAUUAAUAUGUCUACCGCGUACAGUAGGAUGUGUUGAUCAGACGAUUGACAGGUGUGCUGUAGAACGAAUAACAAUGAACCUUUCCUCUAGUGUGGAUGCUUGCUGACGUGAGUUUGAGUCCGGACUCGCGAUACAUCUUGAAAAUAACAACAUUGCCGCAAUACUGUCAUCUGUGGGAUGAUAACGAGAGACUUUGUUAAGGACGCUCUCAUGGAGAAGUAUUUGUUCACGUCCAUCUAGGUCAACAUUUGCAAUUGGCUGAUGCAGAACUUGUUCCAGGAAAUAAUCACUGUCAUCUGGUGUACCAGGUUAUCUGAUGCGACCAGCUACAAUGUAAUGUUCUGUCAUCUACGAUUUUCUGUUUCCAAUGUUCGUAAGUAUGGCCCCAGUGUCUGUCUGGUUGGCUUUUCACACACUCGUUUAGAAAUAGUUGUUUCUUUGUCAUUUGGGUGGAUAUAGUGGGAGACGAAACAUGGCCAGAGAAUUAGGACUCGAUUUCAAUCCGUAUCGCAGAAGAUCUGCGGUGUAACGCAAUUUAAAUUUAAAGAUUAUUUCCAAUUGUGCCGACAUAUGCAGCAUUUACUGUGAAUGCAGUCUCUGCGAACGCAGGAAAAAACAUUGCCUUACAAUUUAAAAUGCGCUGUACUGCAGAUCUUACGUGAUAUGGAUUGAAUCGAGCUCUUAAUGUUAAUGAAUAAGUUUGAAGAUUUGCUGUUUUAAUGAACAAAUAAAAGUCCCUCGCGACCUGGUUUUAUAUGGAUGUUUAAAUGGAUCAUCGGACAUCAGACAAUCCUAGGUAUAAUAUACUCUAAAGACCAAACUACUGUAAAUACAAAUAUUUCAGACACGAGAAUGCAUAAAUCGAGUCAAAUAGCGGUGGGCAUUUUGACUACGGUUUCUUUUGUAGGGCUUAGGGUCAAUCAAGUAUUUGUUAAUAUAGCUUUAAGUAAAAAAUAAAUAAAAGUGUUGAGUAUAGUGAAAAAUAAUGUUUGGGAUGUUUAUAAGGAAUUGUGGAAUAAAAAUGUAGCACUAAGUUUGUGCUGUUUCUAGAUUGAGAAAACAUAGAUUAAACAUGACAGGACAAACAGAUCUGGGACCAGUUUAGGAGAGCGUAGAUACAGUGCCUUCAAAGUAUUCAUACCCCUCCACUUAUUCCUGAUCUUGUGUUAGCUGGUUGAGAGAAUGCCUAUUGUGUGCAAAGCUGUCAUCAAGGCAAAGUGUUGCUACUUUGAAGAAUCUCAAGUAUAAAAAAUAUCUCGAUUUGUUUAACACACAUGGAAUCAUGUAGUAACCCAAAAAAUUGUAAUUUCAUAGUUGUGAUGUCUUCACUAUUAUUUUAAAAUGUAGAAAAUAUUAAAAAUAAAAAACCUUUGAAUGAG